GUAGCAUUAAAUAGUAUAAAUACAAAAGGAAGCCAAAAUCUCUGAGGAAAUAAUUGUAGAGACGUUACAAUUAGGUAAAUCACCGCCUCUCACUUUCUCUCUCUCUCUCUCUAAUAUAUUCUGUCUGUGUGUCCACAGCUGGCAGCUUGGGGCAAUUUUUUAUUUAUUUUAUUAUAUAUUUUAUAUUGUAUUUAUAUAUUGGUUACAUUAUUAUUAUUAUUAGUAAUCUUUUCUCAGAAGUCUAUAAUUCUAUAUCGAUAUAUAUAUACGUAUAGCGAGAGAGAAAAAAAAAACGCCGAAAAACUAAAUAAAUUUUAAAAAAUAAUAAUAAUAAUUAAGUGAUUGUGUGUGUAAUGCAUAAUUCGUUGAAGGGCGGGGCUUGUGUUUUCCCGCAUAAAUCAACGAGGGAAAAAUGUCCCCCUAAUAUCUUACACAAUAACAAUAACACAGUCUGAAAAAAAAAAAUAAUAACACAUUAUCAAUGAAAAUCUCUCCAAAGAUACUAAUAAAAGCCCCCGACAGCUGGUCUGCAAAAUAAAAAACAAAACCCGAUAAGGUUCAGAAAACUUGUUUCUUUUCACCCCAGAACUUAACGUUGGCAGUUUGUGGUGAAGAACCGGAAUCAAGUGAAACCGUGUUUCUUUUCAUGAUUUUAAGCCUCACCAUUGAUCCCUGUUGAAGAAUACUGAACGUAACUGAAUGCUUACUAUAAGACUAUCAUCAUCUGGUUAUGACUCCACUGAGGUCUUAUUGUGAACACUGAGAACAGUCUUUCUACUUCUAUAACUACUACUACUACUACUACUACUACUACUACUACUACUUGUACACCUUAGACUUUGUUGCUGUUGUUGUUGUCGUUGUUGUUGUCGUUGUUGUAGCCAAGUGGUGUUUUACUGUUGCUGUUCAUUGAUGUUUUAGUUUAAAGUCUUGGUUGAGACUUCUGUAGAAACUCUCGGAGUUUUAUGAUUUAUUUAUAACUGAAAAAAGUUUCUUUUAGGGAUCUGGAAAUAUUUAAUGAGGUAUAAAAGAACACAAACAUUAUUUUGAUUUUGAAAAAUUGCAAGAAAGGGGCCCUUUUUUGUGUUAGUGUAAGAGAGUGUCAGGUUAAAUUAGGGAUACCUUUAAGUGAUACCAAUUGACAGACCCCUAAAUGAUCUGUGUUUAUUAGUGAAAAGUCUUAUUGCUUAAGUAAUCUGUAUGACCCAGAACUACCAAUGGCAGCAGGGGUCAGAGCAUCUGUGAAACUGCCACACACAGGGGAACUGGUGUUUCCUCCUGAUGCCGAUUCUAAGCAUUUGCAAUAUUAUCUUUCCUCGAUUGCAAAACCAAGCAACACUACCAUGACUGGGCCCAGUAACAGCAAUAAAUUCCAGACAAUUGAUACCAAUGAUAUCCUAACGGGCCAGAAGAAAGACUCGCCUGUAAUGUUGACCCAGGGGAAUAAUGAGAACCAUUCUUCAAAAAUUGCCACACAUCUUGGAGAAAGGUAUUUUUGUGAUUUUUGUGGCAAACACUUUGUUCAGAAAUAUAUUUUAGAAAUGCAUCGACGUACUCACACAGGUGAGAGGCCCUACCAUUGCGACAUGUGUUCAAAGCAGUUUGCUCGUAGAGACACUUUACAGAUCCAUAAGCGGUCUCAUUUAGGUCUGAAGCCCUUCCAGUGUGAAAUCUGCCAGGAAGCCUUUGCUCAGAGACACUACUUGAUUAUACACCGGAGGAAACACACUGGCGAAAGACCCUUUGAAUGUGAUUUCUGCUUGCAAAGAUUUGCUCGCAGGGACACAUUACAAAUCCACCAAUUGAGACACAGUGGAGAGAAACCGUUUGAAUGUGAAGUUUGCUUCAAGAAAUUUGCGCAGAAAUAUUACUUACGGAUCCAUCGAAGACUUCAUAACAAAACCGAAUCUGAGGGUCAGUUGUACAAAUGUAGUUUAUGUUCCAGUAGCUUUGCUAACAAAGCUCACCUACAGCUCCAUCAGCGAACCCACUUAGUGCCAUAUCUCUACAAAUGCGAUAUUUGCCCCAAAAGUUUUACACAGAAGCAAUAUCUUCAGUCCCAUAAAAGGGUCCAUAUGGCUGUUGCAAGACUUUACCAAUGUGAUAUUUGCCAGGAACCUUUUACAAACAAGGAUUACCUAAGAAUCCACAAGCGUUCUCACAGCGGGGAAAAACCCUAUCAGUGUGACAUUUGUAUCCAGAAGUUUGCACGUAAAGAUACUUUGGUAAUCCAUCGCCGGACACAUACCGGGGAGAAACCUUUCCACUGUGAUGUCUGUGGUAAGGACUUUGCUAAGCGAGAUAAACUUCAAGUACACCGUGGGACACAUGUACGGCAAAAGAAAUAUAACUGUGACGUUUGCGAUAAAAUGUUCACACGCCGUGAUACUCUCGAGAUUCAUAAGCGUGUCCAUACCGGAGAGAAGCCAUUCCAGUGUCAGAUUUGUUUAAAGCAGUUUUCACAAAAAGACAAGCUUCAAAUUCAUACUCGAAUUCAUACAGGUGUUAAACCAUUUCAUUGCGAUGCAUGCCCGAAAUCUUUUUUUCAAAGAAAUGCUCUUGAGAAACACAAAAGAACCCAUACAGGUGAGAAACCCUACCAGUGUGCCAUGUGCCUGAAGCAGUUUGCCCAUCGAGAUUAUUUAAAAAUACACCAGCGAAUGCACACGGGGGAGAAGAGGUUUCACUGCGAAAUCUGCUUGAAAAAAUUUGCUCGCAAAGACACCCUGCAAGUUCAUCAGAGGACCCACACGGGGGAGAAGCCAUUUCAGUGUGAAAUCUGUUACAAAACAUUUGCACAGCGAAAUAAACUUCAGAUUCACAGUCGCACUCAUUCCGGAGAGAAACCCUACGCGUGUGAGGUUUGCUUGCAGAGAUUCUCCCGGCAGGAUUCCCUUCGACGUCACUCCAAAACGCACAAAGAAAAUCAGAACAACAACACUGCUAUCUCGUUGUCGAUGAAACAUAUUGAUCACCUUCCGGCGGUCACCAAGUAUUUAUGUCUGUAAGAAACCAAAUGGUCGAGUAUCUAGGCAACAGAAAACUAACAUGUAGAUUGACUGUGUGUAAUCUACUGGGAUUGUAAUUGGAUUAACAUUGCUAGAUUUAACAGCAUUUAGGGCAGUAAUCUUCACCAGACUUUUCUUUUCCUUUGUAUUUCAUACCAAAUGACAAUCAGAUCUAAUUGCUUUCUAGAACUGAUUAAGCUGUAAAAUCAUUAUUUUUGAAAUACUUUUCACCUCAUCCAACCAUUCUGGUAUUUGUAGUCCACGUAAUUAGCCGUUUGUAGCUUCCUUAAUGUCUUUCUUUUCUUCAUCUUUUAACCCUUUUCAUACCAACCUGAAAUUGCCCUUUCUAUGAUACAAACCCACUCCAUAUUAAAGGAUACAUAUUUACCUGUUUUAAUUUUGUAUUAAACAUUUUAUGUUCCAAACACCUGCUUAAUAACGAUAAAGGUAACUAUUUUAUCAAACCAUUCCAUCUUGAAUAUUUUCCAGAUGAAUUGAAACAUACAGGUAUACUUCAUUAAAAAUAUGGCUAUGAAAGGGUUAGAAGGGUAAAAGAACCUACCUUUGUCCUGAAUAUCAAGCUUAAUUUAAUAAUGAAGAUUUCAUUGAUCAGUCAGUUUGCUGUAGAAUUGUUUUCUUGUUAUACAUCCGUCAUUUUUAGUCGUUAGACAAUCCAUUUCCUUCCUGACAGUGUGGUCAUGGUUUACUCGUAGUGUACAUGUAGAUAUAUUCACUAGUAGAAUCUCCUUCAUCCAAAUAGAGGGCUGGUCACCUAUUACUGAGGCAAGCAGAUUGCUGUAGCCAUCAGAAGAUAAUAAUAAUAAUAAUAAUAAUGCAAACAACUCAAAUACAAAAUGGGAGUGUUGGCUACUUUCAGUAUUUAGCUUAAAUGGAUUAAGUAGAAUGAAGUGCCUUGUCUAAGGGUACAUUGGAAUGUCAUUAGCAAGUUUUCAACUGAUGAGAUCUGUGUCUGUUGAACAUAA